GAAUCAACAGCCGCCAUCUUGUCGCGGCUCGGAAUCAGGAUUUCGAUAGAGCACUAAUUUUUAUUUUUGAACACGGAGGAUCCAAACCGAGGUUUGACGACACCGUUCAGUGGAAAAUGACACCUUUAUAUCGCCGCGAAGGAAUUUUUGGCGAAAAAUCCUGGAUUUAAUCGGCGUUCGUCGGCCACGAAACCCUCGCAUAUCUGAUUUCCCCUUCAGAGCGACGCUUGCGUCUGUAUUUCUCUCGGAGCGGGGAUUGUUUACCGGACGCUUUUGGAGGACAGACAGCGCCGAGGGGACUAUUUUGCACAAAUAUCUCAUUUUCAUGCAACCGUGCAUUUCUACACGGAGCCAGAAUGUUUUUGCACGAAAAAAAUUGAUGUCAGAAAAUGGAUCGCAUUCCGUUGCAAAACUAACGACGCUCGUGCGCGAGGAUUCCUGUGGAUAUUUUAUUUGGGAUUUUACGUUGAAUUGGCGGAAAGGAGGCGUUUUCUCUCGGCAAUAUAACGAUGAUAAUGUGGGUGUUGGGUGUUGGAUUAUCAUGGGGUGAAUGGUGGUGGCGACGCGGGGCGCUGUUGCUGCUUUUUUGAGAAAAUCCUCCGCCGAGCCGCUCCACACUCCCCACGUCUUGCAAAAGUAAGGUAACAUCUGUUAUUCCGACGAAAGGGUCCUUCACUUUGCAUUCCCCCCCCCCCCCCACAACAUUCGGCCAGAAGCAUCUCUUAAUCGCGAUGGCUGAAAAUGUGCUCGAUGUUGGUCCUUCAAGCGCAAAGCGAGCGAAGCUGACAGCACCUGCUCCAGACGCACCAGAGUUGGGUUCACUUUCCUGGGAUGACCUGGAGAACGAUCUUCCAGAUGAGCUGAUUCCUAACGGAGACCUGGGGCUGAUGUCCAUGCCCUCUAACGGUGGUGCAGGUACAGGCGGUCACGGGCCCAUGGUCCCCGAUGCUGCUGCCAAACACAAGCAGCUCUCCGAGCUCCUCCGGCCGGGAAGCAGCGCUGGCAGGAACUCAUCCAGUCCGCAGCCUGGGGGCAUCGGACCUCAGCUGGGUGGGCUUGGAAAAAGUCCCCUGGGCCAGGGCUCCCCUUCUCACCCGUCUCAAACUCAGAAACCAGGUGGUACCCCAGGAACGCAGGGCAAUAAUGCUGGCUCAGCUGGCAUGGGACUCGGCACGGGAUUUAACCAGGCCAUGCUGAACAGCGGCAUGAUGGGACAGAAUGCGGGCACUCAGCAGGGUCAGGUGAUCAAUGGGUCUGUGGGCCGCGGUCGGGGCGCGCCAGGGAUGCAGUACCAGGUGCCAACUUCUGCAGGGGCGGGAGGAGCAGCGGGGGCGGCAGCACCAGGAGGAGCGGCAAGUGUCCUGGCAGAGGCUCUCGCACAGGGGGCACAGCAGAUGGGCAUCAACGCCCAGCAAGCUGGCAACAUCAACAAGAUGGGCAUGGCAGGUGGCAACAGUCCGUUUGGUCAGUACCAGGGUGGAGGGCAACAAAUGGGCACGACUGGCGUGAACGCUCAGAAUAAAGGCGGCCUUCCCAACAGCCUGCCCCCAUUUCCAACUGACCUAAAAGGAGCGACGGUCACCAGCGUGCCAAACAUGCCUCAGCAGCAGCAGGUGUCGGUGGGGAUGGUGGCAGGUCAGAGCGUGUCCGCAGGCCCCACGGCCGACCCGGAGAAGCGUAAGCUGAUCCAGCAGCAGCUGGUUCUGCUGCUCCACGCCCACAAGUGCCAGCGCCGCGAGCAGGCCAACGGAGAGGUGCGAGCCUGCGCCCUGCCCCACUGCAGGACCAUGAAGAACGUCCUCAACCACAUGACGCACUGCCAGGCCGGCAAAUCCUGCCAAGUGGCUCACUGUGCUUCAUCGAGGCAGAUCAUCUCGCACUGGAAGAACUGCACGAGGCACGACUGUCCCGUCUGCCUCCCGCUGAAGAACGCCAGUGACAAGCGCAACCAGCAACCAAUGCUGAGUCCCCCCAACGCUGGUCUACAAUCCCCCAUCGGGUCGGUCGGCACGGGGCAGCAGACGGCACCCGCUCUACCCAGCUCCACGCCCAUCGACCCCAGCUCCAUGAAGCGGGCAUACGCUGCCCUCGGCCUCCCCUACAGCAACCAGAGCCCCACACAGACCCAAUCCCCUGCACAGACGCAGGGCCCCGGGCAGCCGACCGCACAGACACCACACCAGCAGCAAAUGAGACCCAUCAAUGCGCUCGGGGGUGGUCAGUUGAACCAAAUCGGCGUCCCGACGUCAGAACAGACUAAGCUGCUCCCAGAUGGCACCAUGUCGUCAACACUUAACUCUAACAAUCAGCUGAUGCCGGACGGCACUACGGUAGGCAGCAUGGGUAACCUGCCCACAGCGGCCCCUCUGUCAGCCACCGGUGUGAGGAAAGCCUGGCACGAGCAUGUCACUCAGGACCUCCGUAACCACCUCGUACACAAACUUGUGCAGGCCAUCUUCCCUACGCCAGACCCCGCCGCCCUGAAGGACCGCCGUAUGGAGAACCUGGUGGCGUACGCACGAAAAGUGGAAGGGGAUAUGUACGAGUCUGCCAACAGCAGGGACGAGUACUAUCACUUUCUGGCGGAGAAGAUCUAUAAGAUCCAGAAAGAACUGGAGGAGAAGAGAAGGUCUCGAUUACAGAAGCAGAUUAUUAACCAGGCACCUAUGACUGCAGCGGGACAACAGUCCAACCAGCCUAAUGUCAUGGGCCCUCGGCAGAAUGGACCCGUGCCUAUGCCUAAUGUGCCAAAUCAGAUCAUCAAUCGCAUGCAGGUGUCUCAAGGGAUGAAUCCAUUCAGUGCAAUGCCCAAUGUGCCGAUGUCUCAGGCUCCCAUGGCAACACGUGCUGCCUCUCCGAUAAACCAUCAACAGAUCAACAUGAACCAAGUCCCUACGGUAAAUAUGUCUCCCACGCGAAUGCCCCCAACGCAAGGCAUGCUGGGAGCUCACGCUGGGAACAUGGUGGCGCAGACAGCCAAUCAGACGCCGUUCAUGGCUCAACCGCAGUUCCCUGCCAACACCAAUGCCAUGAACGUCAACAUGGGCCAGCCCAACUCGCAGGCGGCCGUUUCACAGCAGCAGCCGAACGCUAACCUCCCCCUGAAUGCACUUGGGCCCUUGGGCCCGUCACUAGGCUGCCCCGCGCCCCCUCAGGCUCCACUCCGCUCCACACCACCCCCCAACGCCACCGCCAGCACCACUAACCUGCCAGCGGCACUGCAGCCCAGUCGGGCCUCCACACCCAACCCCGCCCCUGCUCAGGGCACCCCGCCCCACAUGCAGCCCCAGGCGGAGCUGCCCCUCCCUGGAACACCGAGUGGUGAAAACCGUGUACCCACUCCAGCAUCAGCAGCCAGCACCGAGCUGCACUCCCAGCAUGCCGUGCCUGACGUACCGCCCAGUGACACUAAAACAGAAGAUCAGGACUGUGACAAAAGCAUCAAAACAGAGCCUAAGAUGGAGACGGAGAACGACACAGGCUCCCAAUUGGUCAAAAAGGAGGAGCAAGAGGGGUUGGAGGCUAAGCAGGAGCCAAUGGAGGCGGAAGACAAGAAGAUGGACUUGAAGACCGAGACCAAAGAGGAGGAUGAAAGCAGGACAAACGGCACGACGUCCUCUUCACCGCCCCAGUCUCGCAGGAAAAUCUUUAAGCCAGAAGAGUUGCGGCAGGCAUUGAUGCCGACGCUGGAGUCUCUGUACAGGCAGGAUCCAGAGUCUCUGCCCUUCCGACAGCCUGUGGACCCGACACUUCUGGGCAUCCCUGACUACUUCGAUAUCGUGAAGAAUCCCAUUGACCUGUCAACUAUCAAACGCAAACUAGACACGGGUCAGUAUCAGGAGCCCUGGCAGUACGUAGACGACGUGUGGCUGAUGUUCAACAACGCGUGGCUGUACAACAGGAAGACGUCGCGCGUGUACAAGUACUGCUCUAAACUGGCUGAGGUGUUCGAGCAGGAGAUCGACCCGGUCAUGCAGGGCCUCGGUUACUGCUGCGGGAGGAAGUACGAGUUUUCUCCUCAGACACUUUGCUGUUAUGGGAAGCAACUGUGUACGAUACCCAGAGAUGGCACUUAUUACAGUUAUCAGAACAGGUAUCAUUUCUGCGAAAAGUGUUUCAACGAGAUUCAGGGUGACAGUGUGACGCUAGGAGAUGAUCCUGCUCAGCCACAGACCAUGAUCUCUAAACACCAGUUUGAAAGGAAGAAGAAUGACACGUUAGAUCCUGAGCCGUUUGUUGAAUGUAAAGAUUGUGGGCGGAAGAUGCAUCAGAUAUGUGUCCUGCAUUAUGAUGUCAUCUGGUCUUCUGGUUUCAUUUGUGCUAACUGUUUGAAAAAGAGCGGAAAGUCGAGAAAAGAGAACAAGUUUUCAGCAAAAAGGUUGCAGACAACGCGGUUAGGCACGUACAUAGAGGAUCGUGUGAACAAGUAUUUGAAGCGACAGAACCAUCCGGAAGCUGGAGAGGUGUUUGUGCGAGUAGUAGCCAGUUCGGACAAGAUGGUAGAAAUCAAACCUGGCAUGAAGGCCAGGUUUGUAGACACAGGAGAGAUGUCUGAGACCUUCCCCUACAAAACCAAAGCACUUUUCGCCUUUGAGGAGAUUGACGGAGUGGACGUGUGUUUCUUCGGCAUGCAUGUUCAAGAGUACGGCUCUGAUUGCCCUUUCCCGAACACCAGACGGGUAUACGUAUCGUACCUCGAUAGUAUUCACUUCUUCAGACCUCGCAUGUUGAGAACAGCAGUCUAUCACGAAAUUCUCAUUGGCUAUUUGGAAUAUGUCAAGAAGCUUGGAUACGUUACGGCGCACAUCUGGGCAUGUCCGCCUAGUGAAGGUGAUGACUAUAUCUUCCACUGUCACCCUGCCGACCAGAAAAUCCCCAAACCCAAGCGCCUACAAGACUGGUACCGCAAAAUGCUGGACAAGGCCUAUGCUGAGCGGAUACUACACGACUACAAGGAUAUCUUUAAGCAAGCCACAGAGGACCGUUUGACGAGUGCAAACGAACUUCCAUAUUUUGAGGGUGAUUUUUGGCCCAAUGUACUGGAGGAGAGCAUCAAGGAGUUGGAACAAGAGGAAGAGGAGAGGAAAAAAGAAGAAAACACGGCUGCUUGUGAAACUCCAGAGGGCACGCCAGGGGACAGUAAGAAUGCGAAGAAGAAGAACAAUAAGAAAACAAAUAAGAAUAAAAGCAGCGUGAGCAGAGCUAAUAAAAAGAAACCUGGGAUGCCGAAUGUAGCCAAUGACCUUUCUCAGAAACUCUACGCCGCAUUGGAGAAACACAAAGAGGUGUUUUUUGUAAUCCAUCUGCACUCUGGGCCCAUAGUCAACUCACUACUACCCAUCAUUGACCCUGAUCCCCCACUGACCUGCGACCUGAUGGACGGAAGGGAUGCCUUCUUGACCUUAGCACGGGAUAAGCACUGGGAGUUCAGCUCUUUGCGGCGCUGUAAGUGGAGCACCAUGUGCAUGCUGGUGGAAUUGCACAACCAGGGCCAGGACCGCUUUGUCUACACCUGCAAUGAAUGUAAACACCAUGUCGAGACACGUUGGCACUGUACUCUCUGUGAGGACUUUGACCUGUGCAUUAGUUGCUACAACACUAAGGGCCAUGAGCACCAGAUGGUUAAGUGGGGUCUGGGUCUGGACGAUGACAGCAACAGCCAAAGUGGCGAAGCCUCCAAGAGUCCUCAGGAGAGUCGGCGUCUGAGCAUCCAGCGUUGCAUCCAGUCUCUGGUGCAUGCCUGCCAGUGUCGCAAUGCCAACUGCUCCCUGCCAUCUUGUCAGAAGAUGAAGCGUGUGGUGCAACACACUAAGGGCUGCAAGCGCAAGACAAACGGUGGCUGUCCGGUGUGCAAGCAGCUCAUUGCGCUCUGCUGCUAUCAUGCCAAGCACUGCCAGGAGAACAAGUGCCCUGUGCCCUUCUGCCUCAAUAUCAAGCACAAACUGCGUCAGCAGCAGCUGCAACACAGGGUGCAGCAGGCGCAGAUGAUGCGGAGACGCAUGGCCACUAUGCAGGGCCGAGCCGUGCCUCAGAGCCUGCCGUCACCACCUGCGUCAACAGCCCCCAGCACACCCACCUCGCAUCAGCAACCCAACACCCCUCAAACACCGCAACCGCUGUCCAACCAGCCAGCUACACCCAAUGCAGGCGUCAUGUCUCCUGCCUAUCCCAAUGCACCCCGAAAUGGACAUCCCCCUCCUCAGGCUUCACAAGGCAAGCCACAGGCCUCCCCGCUACACCAGCAGCCGUCUCCGCUCCCGCAGCCUCCCCAACAGCAGCCGGCGCCCCAACAGCCUCCUCAGCAGCAGCCUCCGCCUAUGGCGGUCAAAAUGGCACGGCACAUAGAGAUGGUCGCACAGGCUCAACACAACCAGAACUAUCGCAUGACCAUGAAUGGCCUUCCCAUGAACCACCAGCAGCCGCGCAUGCCAGGCCUGAUGCAGCAGCCCAUGCAGCUGGUCGGACCACGCGGACAGCAGGUGAUGCAGCCCAUGUCGCAAGGACAGUGGACUGGAGGCCCUCAAGCAGGCAUGCAAGCGGCUCAGCAGCAGGUUGCUCCGCAACAGACUGCACAGGGCCCUCAGCAGACCAUGUCAAUGCAGAGACCCACAAUGCCCCAGCAAACGCAACAGCCACGCAUGAUGGUGCCCACACAGGGUCCGCGACUGCAAGCCCCACAGAGACCCGGAGCCAUCGCCUCCAAUGCCUUGCAGGAGCUGCUAGCAACCCUGAAGUCACCCAGCUCUCCCCAACAACAGCAGCAGGUGUUGAACAUCCUCAAAUCGAACCCCCAACUCAUGGCCGCCUUCAUCAAACAGAGGACUUUGAAGUACCACGCCAACCAGCCGCAGCAGCAGCAGCAACAAACGCCACAGGGCAUGCAUGCAGCACAGCCAGCGAUGCCCAACAUGGCUGCCAUGCAGGGAGUGCCUCGGCCUGGCAUGGCACCUCAGCAGCAGCAGCCCACACCACAAGGCCUGGCAGCUCUUGGACAGCAGAGUCAGCUCAUGAACAACAACCCGCAGCUGCAGGAGAUGUACCGGCGUCAGCUUUUGCGACAGCAGCAGCAGCAGCAGCAGCAGCAGCAACAACAGCAGCAGCAGCAGCAACAGCAGGGAGUGAUGCCGCAGGCACAUGGCCAGUUCCCGCAGGCACAGGGGACUGCUACCAACUACACGCAACUCCGAAUGCAGCAGCAGCAGCAGUUGGUCAUGCAGGGAGCAGGUGGACCUAUGGCCCAGAUGGGAAUGGACGGCACACCUAACCUCCUGCACCAACGCAUGCUCCAACAGCAGCAGCUUUCGCAACAGCAGGUCGUCCUCAAGCCUCCAAUGGGCUCACCGGCGCACCCAAGUCCCAUGAGCCCACAAGCUCACCUGCUUUCCGGUCAGCCGCAAGGUGCGCACCUACCCGGCCAGCCCAUGGCUAAUGCACUCAGUAACCAGGUGUGCUCACCGGCUCCCGUACAGUCGCCCAGACCUCCGUCGCGGCAACUUCCUCCACAUUCCAGUCCUUCCCCACAUGUUCAGCCACAGCCGUCACCGCAGCAUGUGCCGUCUCACACGGGGUCCCCACACCCUGGUCUGACGACACCCAUGUCUGGCUCCAUGGAGCAGGUACACCUGGGCGCACCUGAGCAGAGUGCAAUGCUCCCGCAGCUUAACACGCCCAACCGCGGAGGGCUGCCCAGUGACUUAGGUAUGGUGGGAGACACAACGGGAGACACGCUGGAGAAAUUUGUGGAGGGAUUGUAGCGUUUAAUGGGAGACUUCACCCACCACAGUCUCCCCGUUCCUCUUUUUUUUUUUUGUGGCUCUGUUGGUUUUUCUCUAAUAUUCUCAAAUUUUUGUACUGACAUGUAAAAAGUUAGAAGAAAUGUAGGAAAAAAAGAAAGAAAUUUAUGUUGAUAAGUAAAGGGAAUGUUAUUGUUUCCUAAAAACAAGACUGAUUUCUUCCUUUCAAGAGGGAUUUGAAAAUUGUUUAAAAGAAAUAUAAAUCACAAAGAAUAUAUUUUUUGUUCAGUUUAGACCCAUGUGUGGUCAACACUUUGUUUGUCCAGAUUAAUUUUUGUUUUGUUUCGGGGGUGCGUGGGGGGUCUGGUUUCAUGCCUUUUCUUAUUUUAAGAAAAUUACAAAACAUUAUAAUAUUCAUACCUUUUGUUUUGUACCUUAUCUAACUUUACAGCAUUUUUUGUGUUGGAAGACUGUAAAAUUUGUUUGGGAGUUUAGGUCAGGGUUUCUCUGCUCUGUCUGUCAUUCUUCCUGGCGAUUGUAUUCUAGUGUUGUACCAUUUUUUUUCAGACAUGCAUUCGGAGGCAUUUCCUCCUCUCCUCAUUGUGAAGUUUGUAUGAGGAGAACUAAUUUGUUUGUAUUGAUAGGAACUGUGCAUACGCAUGUAUGCAGACACGCAGAGACACACAUAUGCAUCGCUCAGACAAUACAACACAGAAUCCACGAGGACAUGUACACAUUUACAACAUCUCACUGGCCUGGAUCCAGAGGUUCUGUCUUGCAGAUGUAGAAAAUUGUUGCUUUUUGUCCUGAUUUUGUUAUACAGAUAUAUAAAUGUAAAGAGAGCUAGAAAGAGAGGGAGAGAGAGGGACCCCUAAGCUGAGCGAGAGGGAAUGGGCGAUCAAGCGCUUGUCGGAGCAGUUAUGGAUCAUUCCUCUCGCACAAACUUGAACAGGGGUUCUACUCUUUCCCUUAAUGUAAAUCAUGCAAGUUAUUAAGCAAAGUACUAUAAAUAUAAGGAAGAAAGAAUGGAAUCAUUGUAUAAACUGGUUGAAAAACUUAUUUCUUACUUAUAUACCAUAUUGUUAAAUAAACUGUGUGCAACAGAUCAAAA